AGGUUUGUUCAGGUGCGUGAACGCGGCUGUCAUUUUGCAGCCGAAGGUUUCGUCAGAACCUUUAAGUGAAACCUUUUUCAAUAUGACCGAGCUGAGUCAGCUGUCCCAAGUGCGGAAUAAUACCUGGUAUGUGGCUUCUCAAGCCGCUUGGAUUCAAAACGGAUUCGUCCCCGAAUGGUUCCACGGCAGAAUUAGCAGGAAGGUUGCGGAAGAACGUCUGAUGUCCAAGCCCGCGGGUUCCUUCCUCAUCAGAGUGAGCGAGAGUAGAGUUGGCUACACGCUCUCGUAUCGCGCCGAGGGCUGCUUCCGACAUUUCAUGAUCGACGACAUGAAGGAUGGCUCCUGCGCCAUCGUGGGCGAGAAAUUGUGUCACCCCGGUCUGCAACAACUGGUGGACUUUCACCAAACGGUCCCCAUCGCGGCCCACAAUGAGGUGCUGACUCAGCCCUGUGGAAAGACCCCAGCUGCCAGGAACAAGUACAGUGGGAUGAGCGCUGUGGAUUCUACCAAGAGUCACAUCAUAUCAAAAGAACUCGGACCUAAUGCUCAAAAUAAUCAUAAACAUAGCAGUGAUACACGUCCAGCCGCGCCCAUUCCAAAAACCAGGAAGCGAUACAUCACUGACAUGACUCUUCCCGUCCAACCUCCUGAGACCCGGGUGGGCCUCCCUCCUACCCGUGGCCCCGAUAACGAGACAAACGUGAAAUGGAACGCUCCCUGCAAGGCCGAGGAGUUACAGGAGUUGACCUGGGAGCAGCUUUUCGACGCCGCGCUCGCCGCUUACGACGACGACGGCGAGAUGCUGCCGAAGGAGUACUCGCCACCUCCUCCUUUCGCGCCCGGUUACCAAGCCGAAGACGCAUGAAGGAGAAAACUCAUCGAUAGGAUUGUUUACUGGAUUGGAGAUCACCCAUCAAGACAGGCAAAACCCUAUUAAUGUGAAUGCACACACACCAAAAAAAAAAAAAAACCACUGAGACUUUUCGUAUUGUGUAAAAUUGGCAUUCACUGGACUUGCAUUAGCUGCUUUGUUUGAAUGAUUCAACUUCGUGUGGGUGUAUUAAGUAACACAAUUAUAAUAUACAUCAUAUGUUGUGACUCAUAAUCACCACCCAGGUAUUCUACUGCAGUCACUAAGUGCGUUAAGGAAGUGGCUUGCAAUUGCAGAAAAGCACAGUUCUAACACAGAUCUCCUAAUAAAGGAAGGCUAGAUGUUAUAAUCAGUACAUUUUGCAGGUAUGUAUGUGAUGUAACAAUCAAGCUGUGACUACUCCUUUUUUUUCAACUGAUUAAAAAAGUAAUAUGUA